UAUGCAACCAAAAGAAAUUUAACAAUAAUUACCUCCUUAAACCACUCCAUAAUAAAUGAAGACCAUCAUUUACAUUGAAAAUUUAGAUCAGGUAUGAAUGUCUUCAAUAACAUUAAUUAGGGUAUUUCAGAAGAUUAUCUAUAUCGUAAAUUUAAGGAAGUAGGUGAAAUCCACAGUUUAAAGAUUACAAAAGACAAGACCACCUAAAAAUCAAAAGGAUAAGCAUUCAUUACCUUUGCUCAUCAAGAUUCUGCUGAAGAAGCAAGAAAGAAAUUUAAUAAUUAAGUGUUCAUUAGAAAUAUUAUCAGAGUCAAACCAUACUUCAAUUAUCAUAUUGCUGAUAAAAAAGCAAAUAUCUUCAUCAACAAUUUACCAGAAGAUGCUGAUAUUUUAGAAUUGGAAUAAGAGUUUUCCAGAUAUGGUACUGUUUAAUCAGUUGAUAUUCACAGAGAUAUUUAAGGAAAGCAAUUAAAGUAUAUAAUUAAAUGUAAUAUAUUUUAGUUAUGGUUAUGUUCAAUUUGAGAAAAAGGAAGAUGCUGAUAAUUUGAUAAAGAGAGUUAUGAAUCAUCCUAUUACACACAAAGGAAAAUUACUUAAAUUGGAAUAAUUCAAAGCUUAAUCAGAGAGAAAAGUUGAAUCCAGUUCAAUCUAUUUGAGAGCCAUUGCUAAACCUUUACCAUAAAAGUAUUGGGAAUAGAGUAAGGUAAUCAGAGCAAUUGAAUAUGCAUGGUCUUUAAUAAUUAAUGAUUAUUUCUUAAAACAUGGCAUUAAGGUUAAAGAUUGCUUUGUUAAGAUUGAUUAACAUACAAGAUAACCUUGGACAAUGAUCUCAUUCGAAACAGCAGAAUAAGCAAAAGAAAAUUUAGAUAUUUGUGAAUAAUAAAGAAAACAUCCAUGUAUAAAUUCAGGUGCUCAUCAUGCAUUGGAAUUAAUUAAUAAACAUGGACCACCUCUCAAUAGUGAUGCUAGUGAAGCAUUUUCUAUUGCUGAAAUUACUUAGGCAUUUAAAGAAAUGGCUUAAGAUCAUGAUGACACUUUCAAAGGAGAAAGUGAAAAUUUCUUUUACAAUAUGGUCUACAGUAAACACUUAAAUCCAGAUGACAGAUUGAUUCUCGUUUAAAAUAUAAAGGAAGAAGUAACAAAGGAAAAAAUUCAAGAAUUCUUAUCAAGAUUUGGAAAAGUUAUUCGUCUUACAAUUAGAAAAACUAAAAAUCCUAGAUUUUAAGUUCAAUAAUGUUUUGUUCAUUAUUAAACUAUGGAAGAUUCAAAGAGAGCAAGAUCAGAAAUCUAUGAUGAAAAUAAUUCAGAAAUUUCUGCUAUAAAGAAAGAGAUAUUCAAGGAUGGACAUGUCAUGAUGAAUAUUUUAUUAUCCAAAACUAUGAGAAAGGAAUUCAAGGAAGUUAAAAAACAAAGUCAAAGUAUUUUCCAAAAUCCAGGAGGAAGAUAAUUACUCUAACCACCUUAUGUUGGAAACUUUCCAGUUAUGCCUCCUUAAAUGCCAUUCCCACCUGGAGGAUAAGGAAUGAGACAAAUUCCUCCAAGAGGAGGAAGACCUGGUCCUGGUCCUUUCCCUAUGAUGAGAAAUUAUGCUCCAAGACAUCCACCAAUGAAUAAUAAACCUGUAAAUUAAGCACUCAUGAACUAAAUGGUUCAACCUUAAGCAUUCAUUUAAGAAUUUUCUGAUUACACUUUAAUUUAAAAUAGAAUGGAAGAAUUCUUGAAGAUUCCUCAAAGUGAUUAAAGAUAUGUUCUUGGUAAUCUAUUAUUCAAAAAAGUCUUCGAAGUUGUAAAAGAUAAAGAAUCAACUAAAAAAGUUGUAGGUAAUAAUUAUAAUUAAAUAAUUUAGGUAUGUUAGUUGAUCCAUCAUAAUUUGAAAUUGGUGACAUUUUGAAUAUGUUUGAAGAUAGUUAAGAACUUUAAACUUAUAUUGAUGAUGGUCUUUUAUUGAUUAAAGAAGAAACUCAAAAAUGAGUU